AGUAAUCUAAAAUGGCGAAUGUACGUGACAGUGAUACUUCUUUAUGGCUUCAUAAUAAACUUGGAAUUUCGAACGAUUCUUGGACAGGAGGUUCAAUAUGUUCACAAUUAAACGCCGAAGUAUUGAGAAAUAUAAAAGACUGCUUUCCAGAUUUGCAAACCCAAGUCAAACUGAAGUUAUUACUAAGUUUUUUUCACAUCCCGCGCAGAAAUUUGGAAGAGUGGAAGGCAGAACUUGAUCAAAUUUUAGAGGUAGCUGUGGGAGAUUCUGAAUUGUGGGUGGCAAUGUUAGCAGACGCAUUAAGAACAUAUCCCUCUUCUGGGUCUCUAAAUACAGAAAUCUCAGAUGUAGAUGAAGUGAGACCCAUUUUUAAUGAUUUAGUAAGUGAUUUGCGUAAACUUGUACGCAAGCAGAAUGACCAUAACAUGUUACCCAUGGAGUGUCACUAUUUGAAUAAGGCAGCAUUGGUGUCAGUUGUUGGUCAUAAACUGGAACCUCUGAAACAUUUCACAAUAAAGAAGAAGCCUAAAUCAGCAUUGCUUAGAGCAGAUUUACUUCAAAAAUCUAUAGAUGCAGCCUCAAAUAUGAACAAGAAAUCAAGUGCACCUGUUAUACCAGUUAGGUCAAGGGGCAUGCCAAGGAAGAUGACAGAUACAACUCCUUUAAAAGGAAUUCCAAGCAGAGUACCAACUUCAGGAUUUAGGUCAGCAUUAAGUAGUAAUACUAAUCGACCGCCCUUAAGAGGUCCAGCUGGAAGAAAAGAAGGUGGUGUCAAGCUAUUGGACAUUGCUGACCAGCCAUUAGGCUACGCUGCAGCCAAGAAAAGAAAGAAAAUGCAAGAAAUGGAAGAUGCAAAAAAAGCAACAGAAAAUGCAGUAUUGCAAAGCCCUCCUCAAGCUCCCACUACCCCUGGUACUGCAACUCCAGAUUAUGCAGCUGGUUUGGCUCCUGCUCCAACAUAUGCUCCUCCAACACCUCAGCCUACAACACCAUCUGCAGGUAUUUUCUACUGCUCCAACAACGUCGAUACCUCAACCUACAUUCAGCCUCCUCCUACGCCCGCAGUCCUAACUCCUGUAGUAUCAACACCUACAGCUCAACAGAUCUCACCUCCCACUCCGGCCCCGAUUCCUACACCUCAACCAGUGGCGGUCACACAACAAUUCAUUCAAACACUGCGGCCUGUACCUCCUCUACUGGCAACAACACCAAGUGGUCAAAGAACGAUCAUAUCUACGGAACAUGUCCAACAAGUUCAGCAACAGGUGCAAGCCCAGCAGAUCAUCGGCACUCCCGUUGUGGUCACUCAGCGGCCGAUUCAGCAACCUCAACAGACUGUAACUCAUAUCAGAAUUCAUCCCCAACCAACAUCGAAUGUAUUACAAAGAAGAGGUCUUGCCCUUACAAGAGAACAAAUGUUGGAAGCCCAAGACAUGUUCCGCACUGCCAACAAGGUCACUCGACCAGAAAAAGCUCUCAUCCUCGGAUUCAUGGCUGGCUCCAGGGACAACCCUUGCCCGCAUCUUGGCAACAUAGUCACUAUAAAAGCUUUCAGAAGAUCAAGAAAACGUGUUGCAACCGGACGAUACGUACCUUACGAUGCUCGUAGAGACGCAUUUCCAGAUGAACUACAACAACGGAGAGUGGAAGAGGAUAAAAAAAUACAGACACGUGGAAAAUAUGGUGGAACAGAUUCCGCAAAAUGCUCCAACAGCUGCUUUGGUUUGACAGAAUGUUGUUGGGUAGUAGUAGUCUGGUUAGAAGAGAGAUGGUGUUUCGAGAUUUAUAGAGUAUGUAUGUAUGUAUGCUUAACAAAUAAAUCUAAGAUGAUCUAGGAGGAAAUGUUACAACAUGAGUACAGUACAGAUACAACAGUAUCAUCUCGUCAUUGGAAAAUGGUCCAGCAUUGGUUGUAUCUUUAAAUAGUACAUUAUAAAUUGAUUUUUUAAUUGCAUGUACAGGGUUUUCUCAACCUAAUUAAAUAGUCUAAAAGCAUGGUAUUUUAAGCCAUAUUCAAAAUGGAAUUUCAACAAAAAGAAUUUUUCCAUUGUUUUCCAAUCUACAUUGACCAAGACAUAUUAAAAUACGAACAAUAAUUAACCAAUAUGUGCUCAGAGUAGAGUAUUCAUCAGUGCCUAUUCCGUAUUCAUCAUUUUGAAUGCAGAGCCGUUUGGAUUCAUAGACCUUAUUCGGUAUAUUAAACAUUGCAUUCUUUUAUGGGUGAGAUUAGUUGGGCUACAUCUGGGAAUACUCAAUAUAUGUUGAAUUUUUUUCACUGAAGUUUUAUUUUUACUGGAAUUUGUAUCAUAUUAUGAAUUAUCUAUUAUUUAACGAGUUAUGAGUUAUUGUUAAUUUAUGUGAUACAUUGGAUAUAUUAGAUAUAUUUCGCAACUAUACUUUACAAAUAAUUCAUGAAGGUGACUUAUUUUCAUAGCGACCAUCCCAGUUAUAUGUACAGUUAUGAAAAAAUAUCUGACUAUAGGGUAUUAAGACAACGCAACGAAGUGAGAAACAAUAUCAUAUAUAGCAUUUUUCAUAUAAAAAAGCUUGCACGUCAUUCAAGAUUUAUGUCGUCAGUACCAUACAGCGUUGCCAAAACAUCAGAAUAGUUAGUAAGUAAGGAAUUUUUAAAAUGUCAACUAUUUAUCAAACUAUUAUAUUAACAGUAAAUACACUUAGUUUUAAGACUACUGCAACACAUUAAAAUACAUAAGAAAACAUUUUAAUACAAAAUUAUAUAUUCUAAAGUUUAAACUUACUUCUUUUAGGGCUUUAAUAGUAAAAGCGUCCCGCCAUUAUUGCUUGUUCAAAAUAAUCUAUCUUAUAUGAAAGUUUAGCUUUCUUUGGCAUAUCACAAUCACAAUACACAACAAAGCGUUAGUUUUUAAAGCUAUUAGUCUAAAUUGGAUAUGUAUUUAUAAAUAAAAUUUAUUAAUAUAUAAUAUAUUAUGAUCAAAUUGUGUAAGAAAUCAAAACAUAAACAAAAUUCCUACCCUAAAAAAGCGGCAACACUUUAUACACUUUUGCCACAGGCUUAACUGUCAAUAAAAUUUGAAGUAUUUCUGUAUCAGUUGCGUACAAUUGUCUAAUAUAUUUAAUUAUUAUUUUGUGGAGUAUUAGACUUAAACAGUUAUUUCAUAAAAUUUAUAUUAUUAAUAACAAAUGUUUUUGGUUAUUUAAUCAAUAUAAUUCUAAAAUUCCCAAUAUAAUGAUGAUUACAUUUUUCUGAUUUUUAUACCAUGUAGCCGCCUAUGAAAGAUCGAGCAGUUCCGUAUGGGUUUCGUAUUAUUAGCUGUGUUAGGAAAAUUUGAACUCUAAGGUUGAUGUUCUGGAAAUUUAAAUACAAGUGACGUCACUUUGUAUAAAACGUGACGUGCAAGUGUUUUACUUUGAAAAAUGGUAUAGACUUGUAUGUCCGAGAAAUAACAUGUAACCACAUGUCUGUGAUAUACCCGUAAGCUCUAUAAGCAGUCAUGUCUGUACAGUAUUGCAGAAAGAAAGUUUAUUUUUAGAUGGUCUGGGAAAAAAUUAUAUCUUUGUGAUUAAAAGAUUUAAAAGCAGGUUCAUAUAUUAUAUAAAAUCAGUAAAACAGUUUCUUUAAUGUCAAUUCAUAAAAAAUAACAUACUAAAUUCUUAACGGCAUAAAUAAAACAAUUUAUUCUGAACAAUUACAAUUUUAUAAUUUUUAUUAAAACUAUUUUAAAUUUAAUUUUGAAAAAGUCAACCACGUUCAGCCAAGCAAUAGCCCAAUCUGUUGUACAAUUUCCUUUGGGUGUUCAACAACUUUUCAGGUGUUACGGUUUGAAAGACAUGAAUAAUUUUUUGACGUAACUCGUCUAAAAUGUCCGGCACGUUCAUGAUCAUGUCUGUAAAUUUGUUGCUUCAUAUAACCCCAUACGAAAAAGUCCAAAGGUGCAAGAUCAGGAGAACGAGGGGGCAUUUUUAUGAUACAUUUUGUACUAAUCACUCUAUCUAGAAAAGUAAUGUUUACCCUACGGUAACAGAUUGAUUGUGAUGGCCAGCUAAGAAAAAGAAGACUUACCUGUAAACAAUAAUGUGCUCACAAAACUCCAUCUGCCGUUCAUAAUCAGUAGGAAUUUUUUUUGCAAUUUGUAGCAAUGGUACUUGAUUCUUUUUUAAAUCUUUCGUACAGUUCUAGCACUAAUACCAGUUUCUCUUGAAAUAAGGGUGCUUUUACAAGGAAAAUUGUUUUCAGCUAGACUACAUACGGCAGUUUCACGCUGUUCCCGUUUUUCAUUAAUUACACGAGCUGGUUGAAUUUCAUCUUCAUCACUAUCCGUGCAUUGUCUACAAUUCUUGAAACGACUAGCUUUUUCAAAUAUAAAAAUAUUGUGAAUUGCAAAUUUUUUUGGUACAAGGCCUUUGAAUAAAACGAAAACCUUACGAUUAUAUCGUCGGCACUACUUCCGGAAUAAUGUCAUUUAAUAAUUUGAAUUUUAUGACAGUUGUGAAGGUUACCAUUUUCCUAACUUGAAAUAUGAAUUUCUUCUUUAUGUUUGGCAUCACUUAAACUAGUGAUGAUACCCUUUUGCACUCACGGUUUUAUUCACAACUUACUCCAAAUAUAUAUUAACAAAAUACACUGGUGCUCUAUAAAAUGGAGUAGAUAUUUUAAAGUAUUCAACAUUUGUUGCGUAUGUGCUGUAUGUUCAUUUCUUGAACUUCCAACAUUAUAUAAAAUAACACUUCCAGUAAUGAUUAAAAUGUCUCAAUUUAAUUGAACAUCUAAAUUGUAAAUACUUUAUAGUUAUAGACGAGUAAAAAGUAACUGGAGAUAACACCAAAAUAUUGUAAUAGAUAUACAGGGUAUUCCAUUAUUCUUUUAUAGUAAAUUGGGAAAAUCAAACAUUUUUAAGUACAAAAAUUAUUAACAAGAAAUUAUUUUCUAUUUUGUGAUAAUUUGAAUACUCUGCAUAAUUAUUACAUUUAGCAUAACAUUACAUACUUUGAUUUUUUUCUGAUUGUAAAUAAUUGAUUUAAGUUGAAUAAGACAGGUUUUCUGAGUGUGGACUGAUGUAAGUGUACAUAUUGUUUGACAACUAUUGUAUUUUCGCUAAAUACUUUUAAAGUUUUUAUACAUAUUAAAAGAUUUAUACAGUAUGAACGUUAGCAGAAAUGUGUAUAUAUAUCUUAGCUCAUUGUUCUAUUUAUUGUUUUUCUUUUACAAUGCCUAAUUGUAUAAAUUUUUGUGUCCGAAUGUGUUAAUUAAUUUUGAAACUUGUUAAUUUUUGUGCAACAUUUUUGUAAAUAUUGUUGAAAGAUAUAUUAAAACUGAUAUUUUUUA